UUGCUAGUUGUGCGGGGUGAAGUGGGGCUCGCGGUUGGUAUACUGUGCUUCAGUUGCGUCCAGGCAGACAGAGUGACAACAUGCGCGCGCGGCUCUUCGAGCUAUAACUACGGAAAAAUCUGUGACAAAAUGCGACAUAAUCGAUGCUCAAAAAUAAUUUCGAUGGUACGAUCAACCAGUUCUUCCCAGGAGUCAAACCUGAACACUAAUUAUUAUGAGCUGCCUUUAUCUACUACGAACGAAAAUAACUCUUUGAAUAAUGCGGAUCUUCAUAACAGCUCAGACAGCAUCCUGGAUUUUGAUUCAGAUGAUUCAGUUUUUGAUAAAAAUUAUUUACCCUCAAGUUUAGAUCAGUCAAAAUGUUCACAAGAUUCAGAUUCUUCUACAAAUACCAUCCCCCAAUCACCGUCAAUUAACGUCACUGUUCCUGAGUCACCUGAAGUCUCAAGCGACGAAGAUACGCCACAAAAUUUCACAAAAAAGGGGACUAUCAGAAAACGUAAGAAGUAUUAUGAAUCACCGGCGCAGAGAAAACAAACUAAAAAACUGAAAGAUAUGGAAUCUAAAUAUAAACUUAAGCCAGGGUGUAAUGAUGGAUGUAAAAAAAAAUGUCAUACCCGGUUUACAGAAGAAGCACGACAAAACCUAAACCAUCAGUUUAGAAACAUGUCUUGGAAAGAGCAACAGUAUUUCAUAAUAAAUAACACAUCCAAAGAAGAUCCUAAGAGAAAAACCGUUAAAGAAAACAGAAAACUGCCAAGAAACGUAAGCAUAUUAUAUUUUCUGACAAAUGAAACAGGGGUAAAAGUGAAUGUUUGCAAAGUAUUUUUUCUAGAAACACUGGGUUACAGUCGAAAAAAUGAUAAAUCUGUAAGAAACGCCUUAUGCACCAUAACAAACAACAUUCCAGUUGAUAAGCGAGGAACCAAUCCUAAUCCAAAAAAGUUGGACGACACUAAAAUUGUAGAACAUAUAAAUUCUUUUAAUCCUUCAAUUUCGCACUAG